CACGAUCACGUGACGUUGCCAAAACUCGCGCGCACGUACUACAAAACCACCAACAAUAGCGAAUGAGACGUUGACCUGCUAAGUGGAAGUGGACGAGUUUUUACUAUGAAUUGUUUUGCUUCAGGUAGCGUGUAAGGAACUGUUGAAGAAACGACUGGAAACGUAACUUUUCGGAAUCCGUGUUUUCGGUGAAGUAGAUAAAGAACUUCUGGACGAGUUUUGAAGCGUGUUACGUUUUGCAGAUGUGUUUGAUAUGAACCACACUUCCCUAAAGUUGACACAUUACACAAACACCAGUGGAUCAUAGUGAAGUACGUGCGAGGAGUAUGUGGGCCAGUUGUUGUAACUGGCUCUGUCUGGACUCGCCCACUGUGGAGGAAAGCAGCAACCACAGAUCUAGCUCACGCCAUCAGGCGUAUACUAACUCAGGCUAUAGCAGCUACCCAUCUCCCACAGCUCCAGAUCACAUGUGUAAGGCAUGUGGAGGCCGUUUUGAUGCUCUUGAAAGAAAGCAUGUAUGUGUAGACUGCAAAAAGAAUUACUGCAGUCGCUGCUCGGCUCAGUUAGAGCCUCGUCCGCGGUUGUGUCACACGUGUCAGCGUUUCCAUGGUACCAUGUUUGAGCGGGCAGAGCUGAUGAAGCUAAAAGUAAAGGAUUUAAGGGACUAUCUUCAUUUGCAUGAAGUCCCUACGCAGAUGUGCAGAGAGAAAGAGGAGCUUGUGGAGCUGGUCCUUGGUCAACAGACCCCUACCUCUGCUUCAUCUACACCAAGCGAGACAAUUACACACACACCUCUGUCUGAGCAGGAAAUGAUCUCUGAACCAACCACAAUUACUGAGCAACCCUCUACAGGAAGUGGCGUUUUGAGCGACCCGACUUCCCAGUCACAGACUGAAGGAGAUGGGCAGAUUGAUUCAGUGGCAGAGGAGCCAGUUGAUGUUGAGGAGACAGAGCUUCAGAGGGCACAGGAAUGCCAGUCAACAGACUCAGAUGAGGCAUUGCCCUCAGGUAGGCGGGCAUCUCUUUCAGACAUCUCAUCAGUAGAGGAUAUCGAGGCUCUGAGUGUGCGUCAGUUAAAAGAAAUCUUGGCCAGGAACUUCGUCAACUACAAGGGCUGUUGUGAAAAAUGGGAACUGAUGGAGCGAGUCACACGCCUCUAUCAUGACCAGAAGGAUCUGCAGAACCUAGAUACGUCAGCAGCAGCCACCCUGGAAGAAAACAUGUGUAAGAUCUGCAUGGACUCUCCAAUUGACUGUGUGCUUCUGGAAUGUGGACACAUGGUUACGUGCACAAAGUGCGGCAAGCGCAUGAGCGAAUGCCCCAUCUGCAGACAGUAUGUGGUCCGGGCCGUGCACGUUUUCCGAUCCUGAACCUGUGCAUCUUUGGUUGGGGAAUUAGAAACCUCUCUCAUCUUUUUCAACUUAGUUUUUGUUGUUUUUUUUUUGUUUUUUUUAAAAAAACACUUUGGCCUGCUGCAUUAUUUGACCUUCUAGCAGCUGUUGAACUGUGAAUAACGGAAAGCUGAUACACUAGCAAUAAUUUUCCUUGUCUUUGUUUAGUUUUCAAGAAAGGUUUGUGGUUAUUAAAUUCUACAGUGCGUAGCUUGAAACUACUUUGCAAAUGUUAUAAUGCUGGUACAUUACAUGGAAUUCUUAGAUUCAGGAUGUAGUGUUACAAAUAAUUGAAUCGUUAUCUAAACCAUAUUCCAGUUUAAACCAAAAUGACCAAAAUCUAUCCACACAAAAACACUGGUUAUGUGGAAUGUGAAGGCAGAAGGAUUAUAAGCUCUUCGAACUAAAACUUAAUCACUUUCUCCAGUAGCAAGGCUUAAUUGUACAAUAUCAGUAUUACAGGUCUGUCCAACACUAACACUCCCACAUCCAAUGAUGACAUCUGUAUGCUGCGUAGAGCCGAUUCUGAGUGCAUUUGAUUGACAAGCAUGAUGGAACACAUUGACAGUUUGACGGGCCUGAAAAAUCACCAAAUCCCAAAGAGCAGGUGAUGCCGAAAUAAGUCCCACAAGGUGAUUUUUGAGCAUCCAGUCAGAGAAAGAGUGAAAACCUGACAGGAAAUAACUCAGGAUAUCUUGCUCUCACUGAAAUGUUGUUAUUAUAGCUAGGGAAGACAUAACUGAAUAUUAAGAAGGAAAUAAUGUAUACAACUAGUUUUUAUUAUUUUCAUUUAGUUUGCUGCAAUUUACUUGCUCUCUUUCUGCUACUGCAGUGAAGAUUCUCAGAAUUUAUCUUCACAGGUCCAGAUUGAGGUUUAGAUUUAUGAUUUUGUGAAACCAGAACGUUGAUGCCAUUCAAUGAGAUAAUUCGUUCAUAUCGGAUGCAUUCCAAGCUGAACCUGAGUCUAAAGACCUUCGGUUUCAAAAGCAAAUAUAAUUCAUUUACUAUAAAACUACAGAAUCCCAGUGAUAAAUGUUGUGGAAAUAUUAGUUAUUUUUCUACAAACAUUUAUGUUGCUUUAUAAAAAAAAAAAAAAAAGCAAAGCCAUUUAAUAUUUCAUCAGCUGAGUCUCUUUGUAUCAAUGCAAAAUAUAAAUAUAUAAUACAAUGUCACUUUGAGCAUAAGUUUAAUAGCUAAGACUGUCUUCAGAUGAAUGAGCUAUACCCCCAUAUUAAGAAAAUGCAUUAGCAUAGUAAUGCCUUAAUGUUCUUUCUGCCUGAGGCCUACUGUCUAAACCUGUAAAGUAAGCAACUGAUUUGUGCUGCUAUUCUCACUGUGUUAACACAACAUCAUUGUCUGAUUGUAAUGUCACCUUGCACUGGUACUUGAUGCUGGUACUUGAUAAUUGGUACUCACAGUAGACUCGAAUGAUGUGUGGCGUUGCAGUGUGGCAUCUUACCAGGCUUUCGCUGGAAACCACUGUUCAUUUGCAGCCUCUCAGCAAUAGAAACCGGUUGCAGGAAGUAGGUGAAAUAUUAGCAGCAUUUCAGCCCUAUGCACUGAUGCAAGUCUAGAUACUGUGCCAAAAUAAGAUUACUGUCUCUGUCUAUGGCACUCUACAGUUCUAAAUGACUGCUAAUACAUCUCAAUGCCUUUAGAUUACCCAGAUUAGUGGAAACUGAUCAUGAAAGUCAUUUAUGCUGAAGUACUUUUGGGACAGAGAGCACCGAAACAGAAAUGUGCCUUUACAUGUUGCAGAGCUUAGCAAACUAUGCAGAGCAGAGAUGGGAUUUUUAUAGAAACCUUUAAAAGACAGCACCUUAAAUCAUGACACAUAUUGUCAUUACUUUUUACUAAAAAAUUAAAAUUCAUUAAAAUGUCUUGUAACAUCUGGUGUUGGUACAAUCCAGGGACCUGCACAGUUCUCCGUUGCUGUAGAAUAACCAGUGCUGAUUGUUACUGUUUGAAUAAAAAUAAUUGUAACUUAA